AUUGUGACUGAAUGAGUGGCUUCCUGCAGUGCAGUACACACCUGUCUUGUGUCGUGAGCUAAGGGAGAGGAUCGGGAGAGGAAACGAGGGCAGGUUCACCCCAAAGAAAAAGUGGCCGGGAGUGCAAGGGGAGAUGGCAUGAAUUUAGCAGCCCCCUUGAACGAGGGGUCAUCCCGCAGUAGUUCUUGCAGGGCUUUUAGUCAAGCAGUGGAGGUGGGAAUAGGGUCUAAUUUUAUUCACUUGGAGAGAUAAAGGGUUUAGGGUCCGUGGCGAAUGGGAAAACCAAGAUGCCAACUGCUCCUCUCCACCCCCAAGUUCCUUUUCAGCCGCUCGGGGGCUUUCCUGCCCUCUCCAAACGCCCAGCACCACAAGCCUCUCCAGAUUCCAGGAUGGGGGCUGGGUGAGGGGAGGGGGAGUCGCGCUCAGCCCGGGUUUCCAAGGGAUUCGGGAAAGUAUGUGUCCGGAGGUGGAAGUAACAGGAAGCCCCCUCCCCGCGAGGCAGGGGGACAUGGCGGGUGAUGAAUCACGGGGAUUACCGGGAAGCAACAGUGGCGUGGGUCUUCCCUUGGACCGUGAGGGCCCCAAAGUGUAACUGGGAUGCCCAGAGCUGGGGGCGCACUGCUAGAAAGGUCUAAUUGGUAGGAUGCUUUAUCUUAAUCAGCAUCUCUGGGGAUCCGGCCGUGGGCGGCGGGGACCAGACUGAACAUCAUCAGGUCGCUGCUGCUCCUCUUCCCAGACAGCUUGGGAAAGUGGCUGGCAUUAUUCGGGGACGCUGUACCAGGUGUCCUUCGCGAAGUAUAACAGGACUACAGAGCCAGACGGAGGGAGCUGGGCAGUCUCAGAUGACCGAGUCUCUGUGGCAGAACCGGCUGCCCUGGUCCGCCCGCAGGGGGCGGCCGCAGGCUGUGUCUAGCCGUGCCCACCCUCCUUCUCCACGUGAAAGGGGGCUGGGACGCAAAGAAUGCGGCCCGCCCCGAGGCUGACGCGCCGCAUUGCUGGUCAGAUCUUAAAAGGCCGGGCAGUGCGUGUGGCAUCCCCGGAGAGCAAGAGAGAGGGCGAGCGGCGGCGCUAGGCGGCCAAGCGCGCCAGUCACGGCGCUCCAGCAUCCCCGAACCUCCCCAGCAGAGCCACCCGCCGUGCGCUCAGUCGCCAGCCUGCACACCCUCUCCUCGCUCUGGGAUCCCCGCACCGGCUACCCUCCAGCACUUCCCACAAAGCACGUUUCCCAAAGGCGCGCCGGGGAGCGUCCUGCAGCGCGCAGGCGGACGCACCCUUCCUCUCCUUUGUUCCGGGGGGAUCUGCAGCUGCUCUUCUCCCCAAGUCGGACUCUCCUCCCGGGGUGGCGGGUCUCCGAGUGCAGCUGCGAAGAUGCCUUUGGAACUAACCCAGAGCCGGGUGCAGAAGAUCUGGGUGCCCGUCAAUCACCGACCCUCGUUGCCCAGAUGGCUGACUCUCCUGUUUAUCAUCACUGAAAAUCCAGAGCCUGCUGCUUAGGUGAAUUAUUACCCACUUGGAACUUCAGAUUCCUCAUAUUCUAAACCUGUGGGCCAAAGCUGACCAACUCUCCCACAGUGAUUGUGAUGGUGGGCCUCCCAGCCCGAGGUAAGACUUAUAUUUCCAAGAAGCUGACUCGCUACCUCAACUGGAUCGGCGUCCCAACAAAAGUGUUCAAUGUGGGAGAGUAUCGACGUGAGGCCGUGAGGCAGUACAGCUCCUACAACUUCUUCCGUCCUGACAAUGAGGAAGCCAUGAGAGUCCGAAAACAGUGUGCCUUAGCUGCCCUGAGAGACGUCAGAAGUUAUCUGACAAAAGAAGGAGGACAGAUUGCAGUUUUCGAUGCUACCAACACUACUAGAGAGAGGAGACACAUGAUCCUUCACUUUGCCAAAGAAAACGACUUCAAGGCAUUUUUCAUUGAGUCUGUGUGUGACGACCCUACAGUUGUGGCUUCCAACAUCAUGGAAGUUAAAAUCUCUAGCCCUGAUUACAAAGAUUGCAACUCGGCAGAAGCCAUGGACGACUUCAUGAAGAGAAUCAAUUGCUAUGAAGCCAGCUACCAGCCUCUUGACCCUGACAAAUGUGACAGGGACUUGUCACUGAUCAAAGUGAUUGACGUUGGCCGGAGGUUCUUGGUAAAUAGAGUUCAGGACCACAUCCAGAGUCGAAUUGUGUACUACCUGAUGAAUAUCCACGUGCAGCCCCGCACCAUCUACCUGUGUCGGCAUGGCGAGAAUGAAUACAACCUCCAGGGCAAGAUUGGGGGUGACUCGGGCCUGUCUGGCAGAGGCAAGAAGUUCGCCAGUGCCCUGAGCAAGUUCGUGGAAGAACAGAACCUGAAGGACCUUCGUGUGUGGACCAGCCAGCUGAAGAGCACCAUCCAGACAGCGGAGGCACUAAAGCUCCCCUAUGAGCAGUGGAAGGCACUCAAUGAGAUCGAUGCCGGUGUGUGUGAGGAGCUGACCUAUGAGGAGAUCAGGGACACCUACCCUGAGGAGUACGCACUUCGAGAGCAGGACAAAUACUACUACCGAUAUCCAACAGGCGAGUCCUACCAGGACCUUGUCCAGCGCCUGGAGCCCGUGAUCAUGGAGUUGGAGCGCCAGGAGAAUGUGUUGGUCAUCAGUCACCAGGCAGUCCUGCGCUGCCUACUGGCCUACUUCCUCGAUAAGAGUGCAGAGGAGAUGCCAUACCUGAAAUGUCCCCUUCACACCGUCCUGAAACUGACACCUGUGGCUUACGGGUGUCGUGUGGAAUCUAUCUACCUGAAUGUGGAGUCAGUCAGCACACACCGGGAGAGGUCAGAGGCUGUCAAAAUACAACACUUUGCCAGUAUAGUCAGACCUUCCUCUUACACCGAACUUGACUUUCUGUCUGUGGAGUCCGAAAAACAGGAUGCAAAGAAGGGGCCUAACCCACUCAUGAGACGCAAUAGUGUCACCCCACUAGCCAGCCCCGAGCCCACCAAAAAGCCUCGCAUCAACAGCUUUGAGGAGCAUGUGGCUUCCACUUCUGCUGCCCUGCCCAGCUGUCUGCCCCCGGAAGUGCCCACGCAGCUGCCCGGACAAAACAUGAAGAGCUCCCGGAGCGGUGCCGACUUCUAGAAACGUUGAAGCAGACACCUGGGUUCCAUUCCAUUUCCAUUUCUACGGCUUGCCUUGCGCCCUCCCAUCUACCAAAGGCCAGAUAUACCAAGGACUUCUGGACUGGGGUGGGUUGAGGGAAAAGAGGGGGUUCCUUUUGGCUGAAGAGCAGCUCCACCCCCACAAAUGUUGAGGUGGCAGACACAGUAGAAAACCCUGCAGAUCCCUGCAUCCUGGGGCAAGCUGAGACCUCCCUAUCCUCUGUUCUUCUCGAGCUUCCAUGGGUGUCGGAUCUCACAGAAACCUCACAAGGCUUGGGAGGACCACAGAACUGGAGGCGAUGAGACAAAACCCCUAAGUGGGGAUGCUGGGUGCCACUGUGCUGUUUUGCUUUGUUUCUUUGGAUCCUGAUCAGGCAUGAUAGUUGAGAGACAAGACUGGCAAAGAAUCUUGAAAUUAAGGAUGAUUUAGAACCCCAGUCACCAGAGGGUCAGGGAUGUUCAGACACGUGGCUCUUUUAUUUAUGCAUCUUGCCCUGAACGGAUGCCUCAGUGACAAGGGUCUUGGCCACACGCUGCAUUGUUCUGAGAAGUCCCUGAGCUGAGGCCCACCUGUCAGCUGGGCAGUGACAUGCCCUGACUUCUCUGCACGUUCACCUGCCUUCUGGGCCCUGAGUUAAGGGACAGACUCGCUGUGUCAGUGAAAAGAAGCAUUCUGCUGAAAGAUGGUAACUGGAGGUUCCUGGGCCUUCUGUUCUCCUCCGUGGGCCCAGAAGUACCUGAGCAAAUCCUGUGGCUGUUUGCUUUGCACUUUUUUUUGUGGCAAAAGUCACACCUCUCUCAAGGAACUUAUAUGUAAGGGUGUUGGCCCUCUAGGGCCUGGAGCUGGUGGAUGUGAGGAGCUGGAUGUGUUCAUGGGGUGAAGAAGCUCAAAGCCUCCAACUCUGGGAGGUGACCCAGAGCGUCAGCCUUCCUUCCUUUAGGAUGCUUGUCACCCACAUUUCCCAGGAAGGGGCGAUGGCCCACGUAGGGCUCGAUCCAGGCCACUUGCUCUCAGAGCUGUCUCCACGUUUUGGUCAAGUGUCUGCUGUGUGCCUGGCACCAUGCUGUGUGUUUUGAGUUCACAAGUCUACAACAUUGUCCUUCCCUUGGCUUCAUGGUGCCUGUGACAUUUUUGCAUGGGUUGAAAGCAGGGUUUAUGAGACAUGUUGCAACUACCUAUAGUUUGACCGACCGGUUUCUCUUUUGUCCACUCAGAGCCUGGGGAAGAGGGGGAUAUCUUAAGCCCAGAAGAAACCAUUUAGAAACUCAACGGUAUAGUUAGGUCAGGUGACCCCACAGCUGGUGCGAAAGGUCACUUUCCCUCCUGCCUUCUUCUUGUAAGCCCUGGGGAUCCAGCCCUUCCUAGCUCAGGGAACAGGCCCCGAGUGAAGGUGGGAGAUGCAUACAUCUGCAGCUUCGAGUGGAGAGGAGAGCUACUUUGUUUAUUUGGGGGAAGGGGAGGGAGGACUUCAAAGAAUGCACAGCUCUGCAGUUGGAACUGAAUAGGACAUAGGGACAUGCUUUGGGUUCUUUGUAUUUUUUCACAGCAAACCACUCAAGCAGUCCACGCCCAGCCCAUCCCCCUUUUAAUUGGCACGCCACGAGACUAUAUACCUAUUCUGGGCUGUGAAGACUUGGGCUGUUUUUCCUCUUACCUAGCUGCUUGAGUCUUGGCAGAAUUAGGCAGUGCAGGCUUGUGCCCGGGUAUGUGUCUAAGACCCAGGGCCUUACAGCUUUGCUGUGCAGCCCUACCUAACUCAUGGUGAUCCUCCUGCCUUAGCCUUCCAAGCUCUGGAAUACAAGCAUGUCUGGUGGUGUGACUUUGCUCCUGAAGGUGGUUUCUUAGGUGUCCCUUCUGGCCACAUUCAUUGUGGAACCAACGCUUUGAGUGUAGAGACUCUUGAUUCUGAGACAGAUAAGUGUUCUCACCUGUGACCAACUUAAAGUCAGUAUAUGAAGGUCUCACCCAGUGUGGCUUUUCACAUUCUAUGACGGUGCAUGAGUACGAUCAGGCAGGGGAGACCCUGACAGAGUGGAAUGUCACUUAAUAUGACAACCAGUGACUUGAUUUUGAAGAGGCAUAUGGAAAGAUAGAGUGGGGGGAGGGUCUGGACUGCGGUCAUGGAACUUUGGCUUCUACUCUCCCCCCUGCCAAAAAAAAAACUCCAACAAAACAAAACUGGGACCAAUGUUUUUGACUUUGCUUUUUUGGGUAAGAUUCCCCCUCUCCUUCGACUAUGGGCAAAACUCUUCAUUUGGGGGGAGAAGAAAAACUGUUUGAACCACACCAAUGAUAUUUCAUUUGUAAUACUUGAAAUUUAUUUUUUUAUUAUUUUGAUAGCAGAUGUGCUAUUUAUUUAUUUAAUAUGUAUAUGGGAGCCUAAAAAUAGAAAGCUGUAUAGACUGGGUUUAAUUGUUUACUGGUUUGGGGCCUUUCAAUGUGUGGUUGAUGGCUUUUGUGUUCUGUGUACUUGUCUCAGUCAAUGACCUGGGAAGAAGCUGUGUCAGCUUUCAAACAGGGAAUGCCUUUCAGAAAUUUGUAUAUUUUGCAAUUGCUAGACAAAUAAAAUACCUGGUUGAGAUACA